UUCGCACAGAGUGACACAACGGCUCGCGAGUCGAUAUUGUUCCGAAAAACCUUGAUAAACUUUAUCAGUAAGAUAAGCCUCGCCGACUAAAUCGUGCGCCGUUUCAGUGAAAAUUCGACCGCUGAGUGACACGUUAGUUUUUCAAAUAUAGAACUUGUAAAUAAAUAAAAUGGCGGAGGCCAAUUUGGAUGUAGGAAUGAGGUGCAUCAAAUAUAUGUUGUUGUGCAUCACGGCCAUAUUUGUGCUCUCAUCAGCGCUCAUCAUAUCAGUGGGGACCACGAUCUACGCGAUAUACCAUGACAUCUCCUUCUUCCUCGACGGCAACUUCUUCUCCCCCGCCAUCUUAAUCAUCGUCAUCGGCGUCAUCAUGCUCUUUGUGUCCCUCUUCGGAUGCAUCGGCGCUCUUAAGGAGAGCACGUGCUUGGUCAAUUGUUUCGCAGUGAUCCUCAGCAUCGUGCUGGCACUGGAGCUGUCCGCCGCUAUAGCCGCGUACAGCCUGCGCGCGCAGGUCGCCGACAUGUUGAACGACAAGCUGCGACUCACUAUGCCGUACUACUAUGAUAACUACGAGGUCCGGGACGCCUUCGACUUCAUUCAGGAUAGAAUGAACUGCUGCGGUGUAGACAGCUAUAUGGACUGGGAGAACGUGCCUCCCCCCCCUGGCAUGGUCAGCGAGAUUGUGGUUGGCAACAUGACAGUCCCCGUGUCAUGUUGUGCAGCCGUCAGUAGGGACGAGCCCUAUAAUGUUGAAGAAUGCACUAAGCUGUACGCCAGCGGAUGUCUGCCAAGAGUGUUCUACCUGAUUUACCAGAGCGCGGGUCUGUUGGGAGCUGGAGCUAUGACCGUCGCUUUUAUUCAGAUAAUCGGCAUCCUAUUCUCCUUCUCUCUGGCCAAAUCGAUCCGCAGAGCGAAGAGUGAGCGCGAGCGCAGACGCUGGGAGAUCCAGGAGCGUGUCAUCAACGCCUACACGUCCCUCAACCCUAACAAUGAGAAGGUGGCACCCGUAGUCUACGUGCCCUUCCAGGGACAAACCAAGGCUUGAUAAAGCGAAGGAUGUUAGCAGCCUGUCCAGAUUGGUUAAAUAACGGUGAUCUAAAAUGGUGGAUAUAAAAUUUUUUAAAAUAAUUUUUAACACUUUUACAAGUGCUAUUUGUUAAUUAUUUUAAUCGUUAAAAAAAUCAAACAUAGGCAGUUGUAUUACUAAGUUAUUUAAAAAAAAGUAUGAAGUAGAUUUAAAAAAAGAACCUAGAAAUAUAACUCCGUUAUUAACGCCUAAGAUUUUGUUAAAGUAAAUAUGUUAUUGGUAUCUGGACAGGCUGUAAUUAAUUAUUGUUUACAAAUGAAAGAAAGUAGAUGUUAUGUAUUUUCGUGACGUGUUCGAGAGCUCAAAAUUAAAAUUUGAUGCGGGAAUUGAUUAUUUUUCAUCAAAUUGUGAGAUGCACAACAAGUAGAUUUUCAAUUAAAUUGAAAACGACCUACCGUUUGUGAUUAUGACUUUAUUCAGUACGGCCAACAGCAGAGCAACAUAACUAUCAAUCAGGUCAAGUUAAAAAAAAUAAAAAACAGAGGUAAGUUUUCUCUGCCGUUGACUGUACAUAACUGUAUUGCAAAAAUGAACCUUAUUUGGAAAAUUUUAAGUAUUAAAACAAUGUACUUACAUUUAUUAUGAUAAAUAAAUUAUGGACUUUAUAACUUCUUA